AUGGAACAGCGAGGAGUGUUCGGUUGCCUCGUUUAUCUGGAUAUCGAUUUGGAUCCGAUCUCGAUGACAACUUUGCUUAUGGCCAUCGGUUUCUCGGUAGAUUUCGUAGCUCACAUUACAUGGCACUACUACAAGGGCGACUUUCCGAACAAACGUGAGCGUAUUCGUCACGCACUGGCGUCUAUCGCAUGGCCUAUGUUCCAGUCUGGAAUGUCAACAAUGAUCUCAAUCGUAGUGCUCACAGCAGUUCAUGCCUACAUGGUUAAAGUGUUCGUGAAGGUUACAUUAAUGGGGCUUGGAACUCUCAUGAUCUCACGUCACAUUACAGCGUUCAACGCGGAAUAUCUGCUCAAACAUGUUGUCAUUCUGGUCGUAUUUCUUGGCAUGUGUCAUGGUCUUAUCGUCCUUCCCGUGGUAUUCGCGGCUCUUCCAUUCAAAAAACCGAAACUGUCACAUGAGAAACCCCACCAACUGACCAUCGUCGAUGCGAAACCGGGUCUGGGACGACAGUCGGGCCAGGCGUAA